CAGGACUCGGUCGUUUAUCUGUGUUUUAUUUGACUGCCUCUACUCAGCCGCGUACCUCGUUGUUGCCUAGCAUGGGGUAACUAACUCAUAGAGGAACUCAAUCCAUGUAUUUCGCAGCGCUAGCUUCUGGGGAAGGAUGCCAUUGAGAUGAAGAGAAUGUUGUCAUGCCCCUGGAAGGAAGGAAAAAAAAAGGGAGAAAGAGAGAGAGAGAGAGAGAAGAAGAAGAAGAAGAAGAAGAAGAAGAAGAAGAAGAAGAAGAAGAAGAAGAAGAAGAAGAAGAAGAAGAAAAAGUGAAAGCGGGAAUAAGGAAAAUGGAAGAACCUUCAUCCGGCGAUGGAUGGAGACAGAGUCAGAGACCCACAUCGAAGCACUGGACCAAGCUCCCAAGGUCCAGUUGAGGAGCAGAAGGAGGAAGAAUAUGAGCAAGGAAGUCAGAACCAUGAAGGGUUCACCCACUGAGACAGUGUGCCUGAACUAAUGGGAGCUCACCAACUCCAGCUGGACUGGGACUGAACGAGCAUGGGAUCAAACUGGAAGUUGCCGGGAAGUCCCUGCUUAUUUAAAGUCCAAGGGCCAGACAUCAACAUAAAAACAAUCUUAAAAAAAACAAACAAGCCGGGUGAUAGUGGCACACGCCUUUAAUCCCAGCACUCGGGAGGCAGAGGCAGGUGGAUCUCUGUGAGUUCGAGACCAGCCUGGUCUACAGAGCUAGUUCCAGGACAGGCUCCAAAGCCACAGAGAAACCUUGUCUCGAAAAACCAAAAAACAAACAAACAAACAAACACCCCCCAAACAAAACAAAAACCUUUCUGUCCACAAAAAAGCAUUUAGUGAGGAUCCAGAGCAUGCGCACUAUGGUACGAGUGUAGUCUUUGAAACCACGCCUUAAUUCAAAUGUCAGUCUUGGAGAGGAUAAGGAAUUGGCUAGGACAAGGAAAUUUAUGUACAUGUUUAGGAACUUAAACCUUAACAGUUGGUAACAGCAAAGUGAGAUCACCUUUGGGUGUAGAAAAAGUUGGCAAAUACAAAGAGGGAAAUUUACUUAAGAAACUUCCUUUCUAAUUAGCAUCAUCAACAUAAGGAUCUAAAAUUAUAAAACGUGUCCCAAAGACGCAUCUGUGUGAGCACACCCAGCGGGUAGAUUGUUGCAAGGAGCUGCUUGUUCGUCCCGGCUGCCCAGAACCGAAAUAAUCACACAGAAAAUGUAUUAAUUAAAUCAUUGCUUGGCCCAUUAGCUCUAACUUCUUAUUGGCUAACUUUUACAUUAAUUUAACCCAUUUCUAUUAAUCUGUGUAUUGCCACACGGCAGUGGCUUACUGGGUAAAAUUCCCAGCAUCUGUCUCUGCUUUUUUCCUCCCAGAAUUCAGUUCUGUCUUUUCUGCCUACCUAAGUUCUGCCGUAUCAGGCCAAGGCAGGUUCCUUAUUCAUUAACCAAUACAAGCCACACACAGAGGGGACUCCUAUAUCAGUGGAUAAUUUAUAUAACUUGUCCAUGACACAGAACUGCACAUACAAACACACACAUGCACUUAGAUGGAGAGAGACUGUCUCCACUAACCAGAUCAAUAUACUAUGUACACAAGCCAGGGAGACUGUCCAUUUUCCACAGUUGGAGCAAGAGACAGUUAAUAGAUACUUUAGUAAGUAAUACAUUUUUUCUUAAAAAAGGCAGCUACGAUGAUCUCCAAAAGUUGGUUAUACUGAAUUUUGUGAAAAUAGGAAAGAUUCAGUCAGGGUUCUUUUUCUUUUUCAUUUUCAUGCAUUACCUUGUUAGGCUUUUAGUUUGCAGAGAAUAUCACUAACUCGCUUUUGACUCUGACCUUCAAAGAAUCAGACCUACA